CCGAUCCUCUUGCAGCUAGCCAGAACACGACGUCUCGGGAUAUUGUCUGGUGGGAUUGUUUCCAUGCCAUUUAUGGCGGGGCUUCUAGCCUUUGGCUUAUCGUCACCCGGGCUUAUCACAAUCCAUACAUCAUGUGGGGCAUUGAAAGAAUCUUCUGGGUCAAACGUGCAUAAAACCGCCAGGAUCUGAAGCUCCUAUGUGCUCCUUAGUAUCACAACAUGCCACUUGCCGCCCCUCUCGCUGCGACCCUCAAGGAUCAAUCCCCUAACUUGAAAACCGCUCUACGGCUCCUUGACGCUUAUACCUCAUACUCGGAUGAAACUCUGAAGACCACUUUCGAUGAGACCGUCACGGAUGACUUUGCGCUUGUUGCACUCCCAGAGUCAUUGAGCGUAUUUGGAUGGACCCAGCUCAACAAGUUAGAAUUCAGCCUGGCUAUCCAGAGUCUUGGUUGGAAAGGGAUAAAAGGUUUGCAGUUUAUUGUCACAGAAGUAGUGGAAACCGAAAGCGAUGUAAUUCUCUGGGUAAACAUUCCGCCUCAGUCUGUUACAUUGGCAGGGGAGUCGCUCACGUCCCACCACGUGUUCAGGAACCGUUUCAACGCUGAUGGGAAAGUUGUGGAGGCAAGAUACAACCUGGACACCAAGUUUGUACAUGACUUUCUUUGGUCUGGGCCCCAGGGAACCAUAGGGCGUAGACCUGCGUAGGAAACCACUAGCAAGACCGCAGUCCCAUUUCUAGCUCCAAUAAGCAAGUAACAGUCAAUGUACAAUAUGAUGCUUGGUUUGAUUCGCCCUGUGACUGGUUGACGUCGGCUUGAUUGAGUUGUCGUUGGGGUGGGAGUUAGCCCAAUACAAUUUUGCUUCGAAAGGAACC